AAAGUAAAUUUAUAAGUUAACCGGGGCCGGUCGGGCCUCACAUUACGCGGGUUGGUAUUUUCGGUUCACCUAUCACAACCUGUCCAACUCAGUCACUCCCUCACUGUAGAAGCUCGGAAACAGAGCAAUCAAUCAAGAAGAAAAAAGACACGGAAGAAAACCAAGCUCAUGCCUUGUCGCUGACUCGUCCCUGACUAGCCAGAACUCUAUUUACUAGCCCCGCUCUGACUCAGUUCUGCCAUGGCCUUCCAUUUCUCAACUUAAAAGCUCCUUCCCUUUUUUUUUCUAAAAAGGUAAAUUUUUUACUCUUUUCUGAGAGUUCGAGAAUAAAAGAAAGAUGUAUGUGGUGCCACCAUCCCAGCGGCCGGAUCCGGGUCACAUCGGCGGCGGGUUGGGUGAUUUACGGGUUUACCAAACUUGGAAAGGCAGCAAUAUUUUUUUAUUUCAAGGGAGGUUUAUAUUUGGACCAGACAUAAGAUCAUUAGGGUUGACCAUUUUACUUAUAGUAGCUCCAGUGUCCAUUUUCUGUGUGUUUGUUGCCAGGAAAUUGAUGGAUGACUUUUCUCAUAACUUGGGUAUUUCGAUCAUGGUUGUUGCUGUUGUCUUCACUGUCUAUGAUUUAGUUCUUCUACUGCUAACAUCUGGAAGAGAUCCUGGAAUAAUUCCACCCAAUGCACACCCUCCAGAGCCAGAAGGUUAUGAUGGAAGUUCAGAUGUUGGGGCUGGUCAAACUCCACAGUUACAAUUGCCACGCAUUAAAGAAGUGGAGGUCAAUGGAAUCAGCGUGAAGAUCAAGUAUUGUGACACUUGCAAGCUCUAUAGACCUCCUCGCUGCUCACACUGUUCAAUCUGCAAUAACUGUGUAGAACGAUUUGAUCACCACUGUCCUUGGGUUGGGCAAUGUAUCGGACUGCGAAAUUAUCGGUUCUUCUUCAUGUUUGUCUUCUCAACAACCCUUCUUUGUAUAUAUGUUUUUGCAUUCUGUUGGGUCUACAUUAGAACGAUCAUGGCAUCAGAGGAGACAACAAUUUGGAGAGCCAUGAUUAAAACCCCAGCUUCCAUUGUUUUAAUAGUUUAUACUUUCAUUUCAAUGUGGUUUGUUGGUGGUUUGACUGCCUUUCAUUUGUAUCUGAUCGGUACAAAUCAGACAACAUAUGAGAAUUUCAGAUAUCGAUAUGAUCUUAGAGCCAACCCCUAUAACAAAGGAGUGGUUGAGAACUUCAAAGAGAUAUUUUGCUCCCACAUUCCCUUAUCCAAGAACAACUUCAGGGCAAAGGAUCCCAGGGAACCUGUGUUACCAACACGACCUGGUGGUUUCAUGAGUCCAAAUAUGGGGAAGGCUGUGGAUGACAUAGAAAUGGGCAGGAAGACAGUGUGGGGUGAUAUGAGGGCUGGUGCUGAUCAUUAUGAAGGGCAACUCAUAAGUGACCGUAUAAAUGUUAAGGAGGGUGAAUUAGGAGAACUGUCUCCAGAUAUUAGAACUGCAGUUGAUGACACUGGUGACCAUGCUGGUAUACAUCCCAGGCGAUCUAGUUGGGGUAGAAAAAGUGGUAGCUGGGAAAUGUCACCCCAAGAUCUUUCUUCGGCAGCUAGAGUGGGGGAACCAAAUCGAGCUGUUGGGAGUAGCAGCAGCAGCAGCUUGACAACUGAGAACUGCCAGACAUAACUGAUGUUGUGAUAUUGAAUGUAGGAUAUGGAAAAGGGUUUCAUUGCUAAGGUUCCUCUACUUCCUCCUUCAACCAUUGGC